UUAUGAUCUCCAAAGUCUUUGAAUACAUUCAUCUUGACCCUUCAAAUUCGAUACAGGAAGUUGUUAUCUCCUCCCUAACCAUUGAGAAUGAAUCCUAUAGUCUCCUCGAAGGUGCCGCGGGCCUUCAUUGCGCGCCGGCCGCUCAACCAUACACACCUCUAUCUAUCAAGGAGCAAUCGAUCAUGGCGCAGUUAUUCUACUGCACUUUCAGAUGAUACCCUGCCUUUGAAAGGUAUUAGAGUCCUAGAUAUGACGAGAGUUCUGGCUGGCCCAUACUGUACACAAAUCCUGGGAGACCUGGGAGCAGAUGUUAUUAAGGUAGAACACCCAACACGCGGUGAUGACACUCGUGCUUGGGGACCACCAUACGCCAAGUACACUGACGGGUCAGAAGGGCCCGGAGAGAGCGCCUACUACUUGGGAGUAAACCGCAACAAGAAAUCUCUCGGCUUAUCCUUUGCUCAUAAAUCCGGAGUGGAGAUUCUACAUCGUCUGGCCAUAGAGUGCGACGUGUUAGUGGAGAACUAUCUUCCUGGUAGCCUCAAGAAGUACAACAUGGAUUACGAGACCCUGAAAGCUAUCAACCCCCGACUCAUCUACGCCAGUAUCACCGGCUACGGCCAGACGGGGCCAUACAGCAACCGCGCCGGGUACGAUGUCAUGGUCGAGGCCGAGAUGGGCCUGAUGCACAUCACUGGUAGUAGGGAGGGGGAGCCGGUCAAGGUCGGCGUAGCUGUGACGGAUUUAACCACUGGUCUUUACACGUCUAAUGCCAUCAUGGCGGCAUUGAUUGCUCGAGGGCGGACGGGGAAGGGGCAGCAUAUCGAUGCAUGCCUGAGCGAUUGUCAGGUCGCGACUUUGGCAAAUAUUGCAAGCUCGGCGCUGAUCAGUGGGAAGAAGGACUCUGGCCGGUGGGGGACGGCACAUCCAUCCAUUGUGCCCUACCGAAGUUACAAAACGCGUGACGGCGAUAUCCUCUUUGGCGGCGGGAACGACAGAUUGUUCGGCGUGUUAUGCGACCGGCUAGGUUAUCCGGAAUGGAAGACCGAUCCCCGGUUUGUCACCAAUAGCGACCGAGUGAAACACCGCGAGGAGAUUGAUGGGUUGAUUCAGCAAAGAGUGAGACAAAAGACGACGCAGGAAUGGCUGGAGAUAUUGGAAGGGAGCGGGAUGCCGUAUGCCGCAGUCAACGACAUCCAAGGAACACUAAAUCAUGCUCAUGUCCAAGCACGGGGUAUGGUCACUGAAGUUGAUCAUCCAGCCUGCGGACCCAUCAAGCUGGUGAACACACCGAUCAAAUAUUCCCAUGCAACCCCUGGUGUUCGGACGCCGCCUCCGACCCUCGGGCAGCACACCGACGAGAUUUUGGCAGAAGUACUCGAGUAUGGGAAGGAGGAGAUAGCUCAGUUGAAGCAGGAAGGUGUAGUGGCAUAGACGUGUUGUAAUUCAAUACAUAGCCUCGGUGGGCUAGUGGUAGAUUAUUCCUAAGGUGAUAAGGGUGGAGUGUGUGUGGUCCGUAAGGAGGGUUCGUCUCUACCGAAUACAUGGUUAGUUUUCGUGCACCUGUCGGCUGAACCGCACUGGGAUGUAGCUUCGCAAAGCCUUAGAAACGCAAUCACAGCUAGAUGCCAAUGCCGUCAAAAUAACCUGGUGGCUGGAGAUAUUGCAGGAAUUGUAUUAUAGGAUAU